AAUCUAGCCGACAAAAGUUUUUUAGAAGACCUGGUAGCAAUGAAUAUAGCUGAUUUGCAAGAUGAUAGUGAUACUAGCGACGAGGAUUAUGUUCCUGGUGAAAAGGCAGAAGAAGUUCCCUCAGAAGUUGAUUCGGAUGGUGAACCUGAAGAUCAAUUGUCCGAUCCUGAAAAUGUGGAAACAAGAGGUUUAAAAAGAAAACGCAAAAUCAAGAAAACAAAAAAAAAAUCCAAGAAAGAAUUUCAAGAGUCAGGAACAAGCACAGAAACAGAAACUAAAACUAAAGUAAAUGAAGAUGUAAAGAAAAAAGUUGAAGAUGAUAUAUGGGCUGAUUUUAUGAAAGACACUGGAUUUCAGUCCAGAGAUAGUAGACUAAGUGGAACAAGCCAGCCGACAAAGUUAGAAGUGCCAAGUUGUAAACCUGAAAUGAAGCAAACUGAAACAAAAAAAUCUCAUCCAGAAACAGUUAAAAUAACACAAAUAUUUGAGUUUGCAGGUGAGGAAGUGAAGGUGGAAAAGCAUGUUCCUGUAGAUUCAGCUGAAGCAAGACUUUGUCAACCUUCCAAUUCCAAUAGCCAAAAAACCCCAGUAAGAAGUAGUCUUAGUGGGAUAAGUAGUGUUUUAAGUCAGCUUGGUAAAAAAGCAAAAAUUAGCACUUUGGAAAAAACAAAACUGGACUGGGACAGUUAUAAAAAGCAAGAAAAUAUUGAGGAAGAACUUCAAAAUUACAAUAAAGGAAAAGAUGGGUAUUUAGACAGACAAGAUUUUUUGGAAAGAGCAGAUCAUCGAAGGUUUGAGAUUGAAAGGGAAAUAAGAACUAUUGAAAGAAACAAAAGGAUGAACAAUACUUUAUAAAUUGUAUGUAAUUGAAAAAAUAUAUGACAGUAUUUAUUGUCUUUGGUAUUUAUAUAGUUUAGUUUAUUCAUUGAUUUUACAAACUAUGUAAUUUAGAAUUAAAAUAUGUUUACUUCCAGUAAUAUUUUUACUUUUUAUUAUAUGAUUUAUUAUUUUUGUAGUAAAAACUUAAAAGACC